UGAUGGCGCUUCCAGUUUAGUGGGAGGGAUUUGGGGUCGAUAUUUUAGCUGUUUGUUUUGAUUCAUUAGUUGAUUCUUGCAUAUUGAGUGGUGGUUACUUCAGCAGGACAAUGCUCCUUCAGCUGCUGUUAUGGGCGACCCUGCUCUGUCAAAUCUGCGAUGGAAAGGCUUCCCCUCAAAGACACAAGAGGACGGUUUGGAGACCUAAUAUGCAACAAAAUGAGCCGGUCAAAGACCCUUCUCCGUCGUUUUCUGUUCUAGCUCCAGCAAAAAUACGGCCUGGAACAAAACAGAACAUCCUGGUGGAGGGACACAACCUGGCAAAGGUGGUAAAAGUCACUGUCGUGGUUUACGACUAUCCAAACUCCCAAACUGCCUUGUCGCGGGGCUCAGUUUCCCUCAAUGCAGACAACAACUACAGCGCCCUGCAAACCCUUGAGAUCGAUCCAAAUAUGCUACUUCCAGAUGGAAAAAAGAAAUAUGUGAAGCUUGUUGCUCAGUUCAGCAACAUCUAUCGUGCAGAAAAAGUAAUAGCGGUGUCGUUUCGCUCCGGACACAUCUUCAUUCAGACCGACAAACCUAUCUACAACCCUGGAGAUAAAGUGCGUUUCAGGGCUUUUGUGUCUGAUUUGGAAUUUAGUUCUUCUGAGAGAACCAUAUCUCUGGAGAUUCAGAAUCCAGAUGGAAUUGCGGUGCAUGGUAUUGGGAGAGUUAAAGCAAUCGAUGGGGUCUUUUCUGACAUCUUCUCAUUGUCUACUGUAGUCAAAGAGGGCAGAUGGAAAGUUGUAGCAAAGUUUGAUCAGGGAAAAGAGAAUGCUUUCAGCAGAGAGUUUGAAGUAAAGAAAUAUGUUCUUCCAGCAUUCAACGUCACACUUACUCCUAAGACAUCCCACCUCAGUCUGGAUGCAGAAAAGUUGGAAGUUGAAAUAACAGCCAGGUAUCUUUAUGGUGCACAAGUGAAGGGUGUUGCCUAUGUGCUGUUUGGUAUUGAAAUUAAUGGUGAAAAGAAGAGACUCACCUCUAUGAAGCAAAUUGAUGAUCUAAAUGGAGGAAGUGUUAGUUUGACUAUGGAGGAGGUAAAGAGAGCUUAUUCUGACAUAAACAGCCUCCUGGGGUCUACGGUGUAUGUCAAAGCAUCAGUGUUGACUAGUUCAGGUAGCGACCUUGUGGAAGCAGAGAAAUCCGGCAUUAAAAUCGUAAAUUCACCCUACAUGCUUUCCAUUAAGGACACACCAAAGUAUUACAAACCUGGCCUGCCGUUAGCCAUGACGGUUAUCGUGAGUAACCAUGAUGGAUCUCCAGCUCCUAAUAUUCCUGUUAAAGUCACCUUUCUCGAAAGUCCAAUCAGUGUCCACAGUGGCAUCAUCAACAUUAACAUCAACAUGCCGAAAACGCGUAUCUCAUAUGGCAGUUCACAGUUACUGAAAGUGGAGACAGUGGAUCCAUCACUGAAACCAGAACAGCAGGCCAUUCAAGAGGUAUACGUGAAGCCGUAUUCUACUUUUAGCGGUCAUGGUAACUACUUGCACAUCUCAGUGGGAGCAAGUCGAGUGGUGGUCGGUGGCAGUAUCAGCAUCCAAGCGUACAUCAAAUCCUCUUUAGCAAACCACAGAGCACUCGUGGAGCAUCUCACAUACAUUGUGUUAAAUAAGGGGAAAAUAAUCCAGGCUGGUAGGGUGAAUGUCAAAGGCCAGGACGUAACAAGUGUUCAUCUGCUCAUUACCUCAGAAAUGCUACCUGCAUUUCGGUUUGUGGCGUAUUACGUUUUGCCAUGGCUGCAUAGAGCAGAAGUGGUGGCAGACUCAGUGUUUGUUGAUGUGGAGGACCGGUGUGUAGGUUCGCUUAAUGUUGGACCAGUGGAUGGAGAAAUGGUCAGUUCUUACUCACCAGGCAGCAGCUUUAAAUUUCAAGUGAAAGGUGAUGUUGGAGCAAAGGUCAGCUUGGUUGCUGUGGAUAAUGCCAUCUUCUUGUUGAGUAAAAACCGCCUGACGCAGAAAAAGGUGUGGGAAGUGGUGGAUCAGGCUGAUAUGGGCUGCACCGCAGGGGGAGGCAAGGAUAAUAUGGGUGUUUUCAGUGAUGCAGGACUGAUGUUUCACUCCAGCACAGGAGGUUCAACUGACUCCAAAGAAGACUGCUCCAGUAAAAAUAAACGACGAAGACGUUCUGCAGCCAAACUGCAGCUCAGAGAUCAGCUCGAGAGGGCCUAUUCAGAUGAGCUCCUGCAGAGGUGUUGUGUGGAUGGCAUGAAGGAGAUUCCCAUGCCGUAUUCUUGCUACCGUCGCACCCUCUACAUCACUGAGGACUGGAGCUGUGUGUUGGCUUUCUUCCGCUGUUGUGCAGAAUACAGAGGAGAGGAGCUCCGCGUCAUUACCAGACCUCCACCAACCACUGCUCAGCCAACCACUGCUCAGCCAACGACGUCUGAACACGUCUUCUUUAACGUACCAUAUCAAGAAUAUGAUUUAAUGGAACAACCAGUGCUUUUCACGAGGGCGAGAAUGGCAGAAUCCAUGCCAAAGCUGCGUGCCGAAGCAAGUGUCGUCGUAGUUCGUAAGGACAGUUAUCGUGAAGACGUUUUAGAAGAAGAAGAAGAAGAAGAGGGGGCUUCAGUGUUUGAGGAAGAUGAUUUGGCUGAUCUUGAGGAUAUUUAUGUGCGCAGCAAGUUUUUUGAGUCGUGGUUGUGGACCGAUAUCAGACUGCCUAGCAUUGCCAAGUCUGAUGGGUUGGCGGUGGUUCCAGUGGACACGGUUCUUCCAGACAGUAUCACACAGUGGGGUUUUCUAGCUGUCAGUGCCUCACCUGAGAAAGGUUUCUGUGUAGCUGAACCGUAUAAUGUCCGCGUGUGGAAGCCAUUCUUCAUCGACCUGCGUUUGCCUCACUCGGUGUCCAGAAACGAACAAGUGGAAAUCAAAGCUGUGAUCCACAACUACAAAAACUCAACACUGGAGGUGAUGGUGAUCCUGGAGAAGACAGAGGACAUGUGUAGUGUGGCCUAUACGGGACAGCACAGACAGCAGGUUACAGUAGCAGCCGGUUCCUCUAAACUCAUUUCAUACACCAUCAUCCCUCUGAAAACAGGAGAGCUCCCUCUACAGGUCACUGCUGUAGCCGCCUCUUUCAUGGGUCAAGAUGCAGUGAAGAAGAAUCUACGCGUAGUAGUUGAAGGCAUUCAAACACUUAAAGUGAGGAGCUUUGUGUUGAACCCAUCAGAGACAGGAGGCAGUGCUGGGCAACAGUUGAUUCAAGUCAAGAAGAUGCAGUUGGAUGCUGUUGUGCCAAAAUCUAUACCAGAGACAUUCGUCAAUGUCAGAGGUGAUUUGCUGGCAGACAGUAUUGAUAACUCCAUUAAUGAGGACUCAUUGGCAGCGUUAAUUCGGAUGCCCGGAGGCUGUGUGGAGCAGAACCUGGCCAGAAUCACUCUGCCCCUCAUCGCAGCUCAUUACCUGGACCGCAGUGCAGACUGGGAGAUCGUGGGAAUCAGUCGCAGAGAAGAGGCCAUCAAAUACAUACAGAGAGGUUAUGAAAAUCAACUUAACUACAAAAAAUCAGACGACUCGUACCCUCCCUACGCCAAUGAAGGCACCAGCACAUGGAUCACUGCGUAUGUGGUGAAGGUGUUCUCCAUGGCGCAUUCGUUCAUUAACGUCAAUGACAAGCAUCUGUGUGGCCCUCUGCUCUAUUUACUCAAGAAUAAACAGCAUUAUGAUGGAACUUUUCAAGAGGACAAUCCUGUCUAUGACACCAGUAUGACGGGAGCUAUGCGGGGAUCUGAAUACAAAGCAUCUUUGACUGCAUUUGUGCUCAUUGCUUUAGCAGAAGCACAAAAUAAAGUUACUUGCCAAGAUCAAGAAGUCAACAUACAGGAAAAGUCCAGACAGGCAGGAGGGUAUCUGACAGAGCAUUUCUCCCGGCUGACCAGGCCGUAUACAGCAGCUAUAGCAUGCUACGCGCUAGCCGUAUCGAACCACGCCUGCGUGAAGAGCAUGUUGCUCAAAUUUGCCUCACCUGAUCAUUCCCACUGGCCUGAUUCAAACAAUUAUUUUUUCACACUGGAAGCUACAGGCUACGCACUGCUAGCGCUGAUCAAAAGUGGCCACAUGGAAGAGGCAGAAGCUCCAUUUCGAUGGCUGAACGAGCACCGUGGCAUUGGUGGAGGGUACGGCUCUACUCAGUCCACCAUGGUGGUUCUUCAGGCCCUGUCUGAGUAUCUAGUGAAGAGGCCUCCUCCAUCAGACCUCAAUUUGUUGGUUCAGCUUAGCGUUCCUGGUCGCAGUGAUGUUCGCUGGACCUUCAAUCCCAAUGUGGCUUAUGUGGCUCGCUCUUCACGAGUCCCUCUUGAUCAGGAAUUCUCAGUGGUGGCUUCUGGGAAGGGCAAGGGUGUUUUGGAGGUAGUGACGGUUUACCAUCAGCUUCCUGAUGUGUACGAGAACAGCACAUGUAAUGGCUUUCAGCUGGACGUUUCCAUCGCUGAGACUAAUGAAAAAACCUCAUCGGAUGUAGAAAAGUCCUUCAGACUCAAUGUCAAUGUGAGGGCUCUAGAAGAACGGCAAGUGAGGAUGGUGAUUCUGGACAUUGGCCUGCCCACAGGAUUUGAACCUGAAAACUCUGAUCUAGAGAUGCUCACAAAAUCAGUGGAUCGCUACAUCAACAACUUCCAAGUGGUGGACAACCUGAGCGACAGGGGAUCCCUCAUAAUUCACCUGUUCAAGGUGUCCAACAAAGAGGCAGAUAUAAUCUCAUUCAGACUAAAUCAGAAAUUUAAAGUGGGGCUCCUUCAGCCUUCAACUGUCACAGUUUACCAGUACUACAACAAAGAUAAAAGCUGUAGCAGGUUCUAUUCUCCUCCUGAAGACAAACAGCAGCUGGAUCAGAUCUGUGAAGGCGACGUGUGCCGCUGCUCACAGGGUGACUGUUGUGUACUGAAGGACGACUCUGCGUCUUUUGGUAAAGAGCAGAGGAACGCUGCUGUAUGUAACGGAUUGCAUCAUGGUAAAUAUUUAUUUUGGUUAAAUUUCUGUUGUUUAUUAUUCUUGUCAAUGAACCACUUUUCUUUAGCCUACAGAGUCAAACUGAUCAGCAUCAGCCAGAGUCACUAUUACCAGUAUGAGAUGGAGAUUGUGCAGGUUAUUAAAGAAGGGACGGAGGAAGGUCUGAAUGAGAAGGAGAGGAGGAUGUUCCUCUCUCAUGCGAGCUGCAGGACCAGGCUUAAUUUGAAAGAGGGUCAGGAGUAUCUGGUCAUUGGGCCGAUCACUGAUACUUGGAAUGCAGGGAGCACGGUGUCCAACAAGUAUGUGUAUACCCUUGGGAAAGAAACGUGGGUUGAGCGCUGGCCAGAUGAGUCUGAAUGUGGAUCAACACUGCCAAAGAAAUGUGACGAGCUGAAGAGCUUCGCAAAGAAACUGAUUGAAGACGGCUGUCAGGCUUGAGACUUACUUUAUCUUGUGUUAUUUUGAAUCUUAAAGUCCACGUGAAAUGGAAGUUGCUGAGACGUUUAUUAUUAGACGUUGAUGUACUUACAACUAAAACAGAAUAUUGAGUAGGGGGCGGGGCUUUCUUUUUGCGCAUCAUUCCCUCAUAGCAAACUAACGGUAAGAGAGGCUAUUAAUAUAAGCAAACGGUCAGUUUGGUUGAAGAUUACCAAAACUUUUUUCCAGUGGAUUAACUUGCACUGAUUAGUUAUUGGCCUUAAGAAUAACAAUGUGAGCUUGCAAAAUAAACACUGUAAAUUUUGAAUUCGCACAGACUUUAAUAUAGUUCUUUCUUUAAAAAUAUAUAUUUUUCUGUGCUAAAAUACAACCUCAGAACAGUUCUUAACCUAGUGAUGGACAGUACAUCCACCAUUUUUCCACGAGUUACACUAGAGACAAGGUGCUGCUAGUGCGGGUUUUCACUGUGGAAAAAACCGUCUUCGGAAAUGCAGUUUGUAAAUGGUUUUGAGAAAAGAAAGAUCUAGUUUUCUUGCUGUUCCUUUCUUUCUGCAGUUUGGGUUAUAAAAUAAAAUGAGUUGUCUAUUUGUCUA